CUGCACUGUGAUUGACGGGACCAGGCACUGCAGAGCUUACAUUACAUACAUUCUUCCCAGCAAUGCGGACACCGACAUUCUGGGCCCUAUGACCCGUUACCUUCAGCCUCCUACACCCUACUCGGUAACAUGGAGGCUGCCCGCCCGGAACCGACGAGGUACCAGAGAGACCCCAACAUGGCGGACAGAGCAGGACGCCGGGGGAGGCGGAGCUGCACGCAGUGGUGACGUCAUCGCGGCGGACGCCGUCUCCUGCCGGUUGUUAUGGUGACAGAAUGUCGGCAGUGAGGCCUGAUCUGCGCUGGAGCUUUGGUGUGGAGUAGCCGCGAGUGCACGGGUCAGUCUUAAGACAUGGAGAAGCUGCAGCCGCCAAGGUCAUGUCAUGUGACAGCGCAAAAGAAAAGGCCCAGAAACACCGCCGCGGCUCCGGAGUCUGACAAGGAUUCAGGAUUCUCAGAUGUUGCUUCCGACGACCUGAGCUCCGUGGAGCAGACGGACAGCGAGGAAUGCCCCCCGCCAUCUGACUGGAGCACUGCCGAGAAGCCGCCGAGGGGUCCUCCCCCUCCCCCGCUGCUUGUCCUGAAGAGUUUGUUAGUCGAUCAGGGGUCCGCGCCCGACCCGCACCUCCAGUCCUGGGCUGUCCGGCCUUCCUUCCAGCUGAUCCCAACUUCUCCACAAAUCCUUCUUUUCCCCCCAUCACGAUCCCCUGUCUGCAAGAAGUCCCCCAAGUACUGGCCCAUCUUAAACUCUUACACCAAGAUUGCUCCACAUCCGUCUCUGCUUUCCUCCAGUUUAACCCCUCCCAGUGCAAACAAGAGGGGGGCCGCCCCAGCCCACCACAGCCCGGCAAAAAGGCCACCUGCUGGGUCACAGUGCGUGACGGCCGAAACCAGUGUCCGUAAGGCUGCAGUGCCCGGGGAUGAUGGGUCCUGUUGUCAGCUUAGUCUGACCACUCCACCAAAAGACACAAGUGCCAGUUGUGCCACAUUAGGCAGAGCCCGGGCAUCAUCCUCGCCCUCUUACAAUGAGGACCAGGCGCUGCCUGCCCGGCAGAACAAGACGCGCCGAUUCCACAACACCCUGGAUAUCCUGCGCCGCUCUGGACUGCUGGCCAUUGCCAUGAAGACUAAAGAACUGGCGCGAGCGAACCAGGCCACGCAGGGGCAGCUCGAGAGACUGCAGGGGCAGGUGGGCCUGUACACCAAGGCUGUCUGCAGCAGUGACCCGGGCGACUGGCAGCUGCUGCAGGACUCGCUGGCGGGAAGUCAUGUGCCGCUGAAGGACGUCGCCAUGUGAAUCGGGCUUCAUUCGUCGCUCCGGAGUCCUGGACGGCGUCUGGAUUAUUGUGGCUGCCGUGUUGGCGCCCCGCACGCCCAGUUCUGUAGUUCAGGAUGUCUACACGGGGAGAACAUACAAACUCCAGAUGCCCCCAGCGCUGACCACCAUGCUGCGCCCUCCUGUCACAUCAGGUAUCGCUUUCCAUAUGGUGGCCUGAUUAUGGCCCCCUCCACCCGAGCGCUGCUCCUGUACAGGACUGCAGGUG